UGUCCCGGAUGCGUGGUUGCAAAUGACCGAGAAACAACGCCGCGAGUCGUCAGAACUGCUGUCUCUAGAAAGCAAAAUGGGAGGCGAGUUUGUCGAUCAUCCUGCAAGAAUGUUUUUGCUAAAACAAGAGAAAAGUAAAGGGAAAAGCGAAGAUAAGCUUCAUACGUUUAGAGUCUCAGAUAGCAAAGUAUUGGCUGAAGCUAAGAAUUUUUUACCGCAAAUGGCUAAAGCAGAAGCUAAGCUAAACGAAGAAAUGGUAUAUCGAGAUCGUGUAGAGUUUGAUGUUGAGAAUGUAAAAGAAGCAGAGGAGUGUGUAGAAAUGAAUGUUGCAUUAGUUGAACUCAAUGAUUCUGAGGCAGACAGCGAGACUGAUAGUACAUGUGAAUCUACAUCUUCCUACUCUGAAGAUGAGGGAGACCAAGAAGAUGCAACAGAAGAGAUAGCGAGCAAUAUUGGAAUGCAUUUGAAUGACAGUAAAUAUCAAGCACGAGUAAAAUCACAUAGGAAAGUUGAGCUAAUAAGCCAGUGUGACACUUAAUUAAUAUCAAUUUAAAAACAAUCGGUCACGUGUGCAUUUUAUUAGUCACGUGAUUAUAUGGACUCAACUGCCC